CGGAGCGGCGGGGACGGGCCUGGCGCCGGCGGCGGCGGAGGGAGCGCCGCGGGCGGGCGAUGUGAGCGCGGCGCUCUCGGCAGAUUACACUUCACGUCAGUAGAAAUGGACAGCAGCAGUUUUAUUCAGUUUGACGUGCCCGAGUACAGCAGCACCGUUCUGAGCCAGCUAAACGAACUCCGCCUGCAAGGGAAACUAUGCGACAUCAUUGUCCACAUUCAGGGUCAGCCGUUCCGAGCCCACAAAGCAGUCCUUGCUGCCAGCUCCCCGUAUUUCCGGGACCAUUCGGCACUAAGUACCAUGAGUGGCUUGUCAAUAUCAGUGAUUAAGAAUCCCAAUGUGUUUGAACAGUUGCUUUCAUUUUGUUACACUGGAAGAAUGUCCUUGCAGCUGAAGGACGUUGUCAGUUUUCUGACGGCAGCCAGCUUUCUUCAGAUGCAGUGUGUCAUCGACAAGUGCACGCAGAUCCUGGAGAGCAUCCAUUCAAAAAUCAGUGUCGGAGAUGUUGACUCCGUGACCGUCGGUGCUGAGGAGACUCCCGAGAGUCGAAACGGGGUUAAAGAUGGCAGCUUCUUUGCCAACCCGGUCGAAAUCUCCCCUCCCUAUUGCUCUCAGGUACGGCAGCCCGCCUCCGGCAGUGAUCUGCGGGUGGAGACCACGCCCAGCAAAGCCUUGCGCAGCCGCCUGCAGGAGGAAGGGCACUCGGACCGAGGGAGCAGUGGGAGCGUUUCCGAGUAUGAGAUUCAGAUAGAGGGGGACCACGAGCAAGGGGACCUGCUGGUGCGGGAGAGCCAGAUCACCGAGGUGAAGGUGAAGAUGGAGAAGUCCGACCGGCCCAGCUGUUCCGACAGCUCCUCCCUGGGAGACGACGGCUACCACACCGAGAUGGUCGAUGGGGAGCAAGUCGUGGCGGUGAAUGUGGGCUCCUAUGGUUCUGUGCUCCAGCACGCGUAUUCUUACUCCCAGGCAGCCUCGCAGCCAGCCAGCGUAUCCGAAGCUUUUGGAAGUUUGAGUAAUUCCAGCCCAUCCAGAUCCAUGCUGAGCUGUUUCCGGGGAGGACGUGCCCGCCAAAAGCGGGCUCUGUCUGUCCAUCUGCACAGUGAUCUGCAGGGAUUGGUGCAGGGCUCAGACAGCGAAGCUGUGAUGAGUAACCCCGGGUACGAGAGCAGUCCCCGGGAGAGGAGUGUGAGAGGGCACUGGUACCCAUACAACGAGAGGUUGAUCUGUAUUUACUGUGGAAAGUCCUUCAACCAGAAAGGCAGCCUCGACAGGCAUAUGCGACUCCAUAUGGGAAUCACCCCCUUUGUGUGCAAGUUCUGCGGGAAGAAGUACACGCGGAAGGACCAACUAGAGUACCACAUCCGGGGCCACACUGAUGAUAAACCGUUCCGCUGUGAGAUCUGCGGGAAGUGCUUUCCAUUCCAAGGUACCCUCAACCAGCACCUGCGGAAAAACCACCCGGGGGUCGCUGAGGUCAGGAGUCGCAUUGAGUCCCCCGAGAGAACAGAUGUGUAUGUGGAACAGAAACUAGAAAAUGACGCAUCGGCCUCCGAGAUGGCCCUAGAUUCCCGGAUGGAAAUUCACACAGUGUCCGAUGCUCCUGAUUAAGAUGGUAAAGAAGUGCACCCACACAAAGCACACAAAUCAAUGAAUAUUUGUGAUUUGCUUCAUUGUAAUCUUUAGUUCCCCCAGCCAUCUGGAAAUCUCUUGGUCUCUCGGCAGUUUUUCUGAGGUUUCUGGAAGGAGCACUUCACCGUGUUUAUCCUUUUCCUCGUUCUCCCUCCCCCAAGGAGCUCAAAGCAUGAAGGGCAUCAUAUCCAGGGAAAACACAGGCUGACAGUAUUCCUCUUUGGCCGAACUCUGAAUCCAAAAUCUGCCAGUGACUUAGCUAUGCCAACUGGUUGGCCCUCUAGUCUCUGCCAAGAGGCAUACUCUCUCGCUGGGGCCGUCACUCCCUGCCACCAGUCACUUCCGUGAGAGGGACUGAGAUGCCGUCAGCUGAUAUAAAUGGGUAACCUUUUCUAAUUUAAAGUUACUUUUACGGAGUAGUUAGGCAAUUUAUAUAUAUAUAUAUAUAUAAUAAAGUGAUUAUUAUAUAUAGUAUAUAUACAUUCUCAAAUUCGGUUUUAUUCUGGCUGAGGUGAAUGUAAGAAGAAUAUAUAAUUUAAUACAAUGUGAACAGAGCUUUUGACUCUGUCUCAUCCCUACCUAAUGUGUUAGGGUUUUGCCCCUUUAUUUCCCUUAUGAAAGAAUGUUAAUAGGUUUUCAUAUAUAUUAAUCAUUGUGUCCAAAAGCAAGCAAAGCAAAUCACAGUGUUCAGAGCUCUGCUUCGUAACAAAUACAUAAACCAAAUGCCAUAAAAUGUAUUCAACUCUAGUUGGAAACCAUUUGGAAUUUUUGUUAGUUGUCCAGUGGGUAAACUGGACCCGUGGUGCUGACCUUUUGACAUAGUGUAGUGUUUUAUUAGCCAACCCCAAAGGAGCAGUGGUUUGCAAUGUUUUUACUGGCCUCCGAAUCUACCUUCAUUCCGUACUGUAGAAACAUACAUACCAGGUAACUAAAUCAAAUCACUCUCCACCGUGAGUUACUACUCGCACUAAAGGAAAGGGAUUUGUAGUUCUGUCUACAAAAUUCUCCAAGCAGUGUUGUGGGUUUUUUCCUUUCUUUCUUUCUUCCUUUUUUUUUUUUUUUUUUCCCCAAACAGCCAGUUCAGGUGCACAGCAACUUUUUCUACAUGCAGUUCCCAGGGAAACUGCAGAACUUGGAAUUUGUACUUUUGUAAAGAUAUACUCUAUGGGAAUUGCAAGCAAUAUAUCUCUCUCAGUAUCGUGUGUGCUAACGAGAGCCUCCAAGGCUCCCCCACUCUCAGUGUCUCCUGCUUAAAGAAACCAACAGUUCAAAGCCCUCUGAGAUACUCUGUGUGUCACCAAAUCUGUGUGUGUCACCUCUUUCUUAUUUUGGUCACGUGGUGCUAUUUUUAUGUUAUGUAUCUUUUAGGUCAGUAUAGUUGUAGAAAAUGUGAAAUUAAAUGGUAAUAGUGAAUUACAAUUUUUUUCCUCUCAAGUUUAUAGCUUGAAAAAAGACCUCAAAAGCAUGUGCUGGCAAACACAUUACUGUAUAAAAACAUAGACCUAUUCGAAUAAUGUUUUAUUAGCGCUUUAGGAAAUGUCCUCAGUUCUCCGUUAGGUUCACGUGUGUGCUCCUAGCAGGCAAACGGGCUUCACGAGAUCGCCCAGGGACUGUACCCUCUGACAGAGCAAUCUUGCAGCAGCCGGGUGGCAGCUGCCUCUGGGGGGUCAGCCCCCCGACUCUCUGCCCGAGACCUUGGCUCUGAAAUUCACAGCCAGUGUGUCUCCUCCUCCGCAGAGAACAGCACAAACCACCUCAAAGAAAACAAGCAGAAAGACCAACCUCAGAAGCUAGGAGUUAAAGGAACACAAAAAUAGACGUUUGCUGGUUUUCCGUGCUUUUUUGGUCCUUAAAAUGCCAAGAAUUGAGGGGGAGGGGGAGGGGGUUAUUUUGAGAAAAAGGAGUCGUUCAGGCCCUCGUGUUUGAUCGUCCCCGGGAGUGGUAGCUGUGCGGUGGCAUGACCUCAGCACACGGGGUGCGUUCACAGGUGGACUGCGGCGCCACGCAGCAGUGUCACUGCCGCUCCCGAGGGCGGCUCUGCUGAAUCGGGUAUACUCUGCCUUCUCCUGUCAAACUGCCUAAGCGAGGGGCUCGUUCUCUCCCUGGAGCAUCUGCUCAGCUCCUGUCAAAGCCGCGUGCCUCAAGGGGAGGCGGGGCCCCCAGUGUUUACCCACUUAAAUGUAUUCUGGGGUUUCAGGUAAAUGUUUGUGGCUUUUUUCCCCUUACACGAAUAAGUUUGGUUUUGAUUUUUUUCUUUUAAGAAUUAAAUGCAAAAAUUUGUGUUGUGAUGCAAAAUUAAGUUUGUGACAAGAAAUGCCCAAAUGUAGGACAUGAGAGGUGAGGCUCAGGGUAGGAACCUCCUGUCUCAGGCGUGAGGCCUCCCGGGAGGUCUGCAGAGUGUCUGCCAGACAUCAGACGAGGCGGGGAGCACUUGGGGCAGGCACCUCCGAUGUCCCGUCCUUGUCACCGUGUCGGUCUUAACCUUCUUUACACAGAGUUCUUUGUACUCGUGAAUUUGUUUAACUGGUUUGAGUUUACCAAAGAGUGACUUAUCCAAAAUUGUCUUUGACAAAAAUAUACAUUGCUUUGAUUGUACAGUUCAGGUUCAAACAUUGUAAUGGGACUGUUAAGGGGCAGAAAAUUGAUUGAGUUUCUCUCGAAUAAUGAUUCCACAUCUUGCAAGUUCCACUUGCUCCCAUUCGUGUUGCUAACACUUUACCCUUCCCACUGCUAGCAGUGGUAAGAAAGAAUUCUCAAGCCAUAACACAGUACUGUAAGGUUCCACAGGGCUUCGAGGGAGCAGCGCACGGAGGCCUGCGCACAGCCGUGCAGCCUCCUGGAGCGUGCGUCCUGCCACGCCCCUCCGUGCGCGUGGCGGGGAAGAGAUCACUCCGUUCAGAUCGUGCAGCAGCCAUCACUUGUGCCUUGUCACGCGAGGCUGUGCCAGGAGGACUGACAUGACCGCAGAGCAGAAACACUCUCUCCCCGAAGCUCACGGCCCGUCUCCGCAGACGAGGUGCGCUGUGUAACUCCCUGGAACAGCUCUUUCUGAAAAGCAAAGUCCCUAUUUCUGUACAGUUUUAGAUUAGAUGUUUCAUUUAUGACAAAUGCAAAAAUCAAUUAAGAUAAAAGUGAUAUGUGAAGAAGUCUUUUACAGUAAAAUAUAUCCUGAAUUCAUACAGGUUUGUUCAUAAUUGAGUCUCUCUGUGAGCUACCUUUCCCACACACAGACAAUGUGAAGACAGUGACCGCGUCCUUUUCUGUAGGGGUUUUACCUGUUACUACAAACUGUGAAAACAAAGAAUUCUAUACUUUAUGUACGUUUGUGGUUCUAAACAGUUAUUUUCAUUUUAAUCGGUUCUCUACCCUCUGAUUUCUACUAAAGCUGUAAAUAUGUUUAGAAAUUAUAUUUGUAAAUACAGUAUAUGAAGACACGUUAAUUUUUUGGUCAGUGGAAAACCUCCCAGUUGGCUCUGCCUUGGCAGUUUUUAUGGGUUUUUUGUUUUUGUUUUUUUAAUAGAAAGGAUACUGUCGGUUCACUGUUAAGCAGAAUAUACUGUAGAACUAAAUUGGUCAUUUCUAAAUCUUCCAGAGCAUGAGCAAAUGUCUUCUCUCAUGACAGCGGUUACAACCCAGUCUUUGUUUCCCCUCAGCCCAGACACGGGCCCGCACACGCGUGUGCAGUUUUGCUGUUACUUCUGUCUUCGCAGCCUAGGCCGUGGGAGGGUUCUGCGGGGACACGACACAAGGGCUGAGGGGGAGAAAUCGUUCACGUGAGUGAGCUUUACUUUCAAGAAAUCAGCGCAUUUUGUUUCCACAACUUUUCUCUCAGUGACUGUGAUUUUCUGUCGUCGUCCUGUCCGUCGUUGCCGUUAAAUUCUGUAAUGGUUUCCUGUGAAGCCUCCACUGAAAGGGACUCAAAUAUGCAACACCUAAACUAUUUUCCAAGGGCACAGGCCCCUUGAAUGGUGCUUCUAGACCGGUCAGGGUUAUUUAUUAAAUUUUAUAUAUGAAAGUAUUGGGGAAUUAUGUAAAUUCUUUAUAUGAAACUAUCUAGUUCAUAAGUCAUAGAUUUCAUAUUACUCAGUGCAGCUGAAUGGAACGUUCAGCAGAGUCAUUCACAUUGUUCCAGAUUUGUAAUGGUGGUCACACACCACACGCAUCUUUUCCAGUACGUGCCGGAGCGUGUCCCCUGUCUCUGCCCAGUGCUCGACCUCCCAGCCCGGAAGAGAGCCCCUUUCUCUGGGUCUGCGCAGACAGGGCUCUUGUAGUUCUUGACCAAGUCCUGGAGUGCCCCUGGCAGCAGGCGCAGUGAACGCACCUCCUGCUGCCCCUCCGUGACAAGUAUGCUGUGAAUUCAACCUUUGGACUUGCUGCCUGAGCCUUUGGUUGCUGCCCUGGUGGAGCAGGAGAUAAAUUGACCUGCUCCCUUUGAGAACGACCAUUUUCCUAAUGUGAAAACCAUCUCUCACCACUUGUAUUAGUAGGGCUGACGUUGUUUUCCGUUACAAAUGGUUGAGCAAUUUGAAUGACUCGACAGUGUCAUUAUCUUGCAAUAUAAACUGGUAACCUCACAACUCCACACUUCAUCACCAUAUGAAGUAAAUGAAGCUAGCUAAGCGGAUGCUGUAUCAACUAGUAACUUGCCAUUAAGGAUUAUUUUAUAGCAUGAAUUUAAAACUAUUUAUUCAAAUGAUAUUUUACUCUUGUAUUCAUUUUGUUUUCAAUUUGUGACAUGACUAUUUCAGUGCUGCUUAAUUUUGUUCUGAAUCCAUGUUUCUUGCUUGUAAAUGGCUUUUUUAUGGUAUAAAUAAAGUCCAUUGAAAUUGCCGUUUGUAAAUAAAAAUGCUGCUAGAGCAAGUGUCUCCCUCUGUGUCUGCCCCUGGGGGCCUUGGCGAGUCCCACGGGCUCUGAUGAGCAUCCACAAUGUUAUCGUUCCUGUAACCACUGUUUUUGAAAGGUUAGGAUUUCAUAAAAGCUCUUGUGCCACAGUGGUGCUGGAAAGAGGACAAAGAAGCUGGCUGAUUUUUGGCCUUUCUCAUGUGUGGCAAAGACCGGGUUUUCAGGACCCCGGUGAGCCCACAGGCUUCCCAGAGGGACCCCUGGGGAACCCUUUCCCUCCGGCCUGCGGAGCCCUCGAAUGUACCCUCUUCUCCUGCCAGAGGGCCUGGAGCUGCAGGAGCUUGUUCUGCUGUCGCCAGCUGCUUCUUCAGAUUUCAGCUUCUCUGGGGAGCACUGCCCUGCAGCAACCCCUCUAGGUCAGGCC